CGCUGGAACCUUUUAAUUUAAUUGCUAAUGGAUUAAUGAAGCGUAAUUCUUAUUUUUUUGCCUCGUCUCUUUUAAAGUCAGAGAAGAUGGACUGAGCCCAAGUACUCGAUUGAUCCGUGUUUUAUUUGGCAGUGCUUUGUAAUGAUCUUCUAAUGUUUAGAAACCGAAGGAUGUUCACCAAGAGUCACAAUGGGCCGUCAAACUAUUAAUCUGUAAUUUAGUGCGCCUUUUAAAAAUCCUCAACCAGACUGACUUACAGAGUUUAACUGAACAUGUAACUUGAAGAGCAAAAGGUCGUAUUUUAUGAGCUUAUCCACGGCCGUCUGCCAAUGUCAGGUCACCGCAGUUUCGUUUCCUGUCCAUCGACAUCAUCUGCAAGGGUUACGAAGUAGGCCUACGGCACUUUCUGUUUGGCGAACAUGAGAAAAUCUUUUUUCAAGCGAGCAAAAGUAUUGCCUUGGAUAAGCAAUGUGACUCUGUACGGAUGCUUGUUCGCCGGCGGGGACUUCGUGCAUCAGUGCAUGAUCGCGCAGAGAGAAGAAAUGGACUGGAGGCACACGAGAAACGUGGCCAUAGUGGCGCUGAGUUUCCAAGGCAACUUCAACUACUUCUGGCUGCGAGCUUUAGAGCAUCGUUUCCCGGGAAGAUCGGCCGGUAUGGUUUUCCGCAAGCUGCUUUUGGACCAAACUUUUGCUUCACCUUUGGCGACCAGUGUCUUCUACACAGGUGUGAGUUUCUUGGAGGGCAAGGAGGACAUAUUUGCAGACUGGCGAGAAAAGUUUUUUAAUACGUACAAGACCGGACUGAUGUACUGGCCAUUCAUGCAGUUUCUGAAUUUUGUUCUGAUGCCUCUGUAUCUGAGGACGGCAUUCAUGGGCUGUUCGGCAUUCCUGUGGGCCACGUUCUUGUGUUUCUCACGGCAGAGCGGGGACGGCACUGCAGCAGUGGCCUUAGCUUGGAUCAUGGCCCCCAAAAAACGGCUUCUACCUCGCGGCACCGACGAGGAGAAAUAGAGACACAGUGGCGCACGUCAACAACAUUGUGCCUUUGCGGAUGAACAGUUCUGUCCCACAAUGGUACUGCAUUGAGGCUGUGCUUAUGAAUCUUAUUACGAGUGAUAUUAAAUUAACUUAUUUGUGUACUUUGUGUUGAAUAAGCCCAUUUUACUUUAUAUAGUUGCAUAUACGUUUUGUUUCAUGUGAUUCGGUUUAUUUAUUUAUUACUGAAGGGAAAUGCAUUGUGUCUUUAUGAAUUUCACUGGCUGGGUUGGAGGGGCCUU